AUGAGUAAUGGAGUCGUGUGUGCAGAGGAUCAUCUCAAAGCCCUGAAACUCUGCCGUGUACACUCUACUAGCGUGUGCGGUGCGUGUUCGCUGGCCGGAGCGCGGGCCGCCCAGCAUGCGCGCAGUAUGGACCGCGUGAGGGAGCAGCGGCCUUUCUGCUCGCUGAGAAACCAGAGAGAAGACACAGGGGUGCACCACCACAACGACACCAGAGAGGGCGACAGAGAGCGGCGCUACACCAGCUCCUCUGCGGACCGAGGACAGGCUCCUGACGCACCGCCACGCGUCCCCACCCAGCAGUCCUACAGCUCUAGCGAGACGCUGCACGCCUUCGAGCAUGAGCCGGCGCGAAUGCUGUUCGGACGAGCUGCAGACAUGGUGCACGAGGAGAGAGAGUACACCCGAACAGGGCAGACCUUUUCCCUGAGGCAGCUGGGCUUCUGUGAGCGCUCUUCCGCAGCACGCCGCGGCCCGUCCCACCCUCUGGGUAACUACAGGGAGAAGCAUGAGCCCGUGUCCCCGGAGCGCAGCAUGGCCCUGUGGGGGAACGGGCCUAAGUCCGCUCAGAACUCUUCCUGCCUCUCCAGCCGCUCCAACUCCGCACUCACGCUCACCGACACGGAAAUGGACAAUAAGUCGGACACCGAGAUGGGUGAGUGCUCCUGCUGUUGGAGAUGUGAUGUGUGUGUGGCUGAGGUUGACAGCGGAUGA